UGGCGACGUCCAUCCAGAACCGCUGUAGGCACAUUCUGUGUUGGCAAAAUCCCCGAAGUAACUAAUCGAAACAAAGUAAGUCACCUGCGGCAAUACAACUAAAAAUAUCGUUUUCGCCGUUGGAUAUCUGCACAUGUCGGUUGACGGCGUGGUGUUCGCUUUCAUGGCUGUUUGAGAAUGAAAUUGGGCGUCCUUUCGCCAUGGCCACCGACAACAGGGUUCAUUUCUGGAGGAGAAACCCAAAGGUUCCCGGAAGCUUGCAGCCAGUAUAUGGAGCACAGCACCCUCCUCUGGACCCACGCAGACACCGUCUAUUAAAAGAUACUCCAAAGGCCAGCAGUUUGUACACCAAAUCCAAAAAACCUUCAACUUUCCACGAAUUUGCUCGGAGCACCAAUGAUGCAUGGGACAUUGAUGAUGAAGAGGAUGAUGGUAUGUUUAGUCUCAAACAGCCCUCAUCUUCACCUGUCCAAUCACGAUCCAUGCCUCAUACGUCCUGCGUCAAACUCAUCAAAGCCCCAGAGGACACAGAGUCACUGCCCCGCCCACUGGACAGGCAGGAAUCAAUCAGCACAAACCCCGUUCUAGAUCGACUGGACGACGAAAGCGGUCCAGCCAAUGGCAGGGUGAUAAAGUCCUGUAGCGACGCUCAGCUGAAUGUUAAUGCAGCUCGCAGUACUCUGCAGAAACAGCAUUCACUUCCUGUACGGCCCGUCAUUCCAUUGGUUGCCCGCAUUUCGGACCAAAAUAGCUCAGGAGCUCCGCCUAUGACGGUGAGAGAGAAGACUCGAUUGGAUAAAUUCAAGCAGCUACUUGCAAGUCCCAACACAGACCUGGAGGAGUUACGGAAGCAUAGCUGGUCGGGAAUCCCUCGUGAAGUUCGACCAGUCACCUGGAGACUCUUAUCGGGCUAUCUUCCAGCCAAUAGGGAACGAAGGGAUCUGGUUCUCCAGAGGAAGAGGGAGGAGUAUUUUGGCUUCAUCGAGCAGUAUUACCACUCCACAACAGAUGAGAAUCACAGAGACACUUACAGACAGAUUCACAUCGAUAUCCCGAGGACAAACCCUUUGAUUCCUUUGUUCCAGCAACCGCUGGUGCAAGAGGUGUUUGAGCGGAUUCUGUUCAUCUGGGCCAUCCGUCACCCCGCUAGUGGAUACGUGCAGGGCAUUAAUGACCUGGUCACUCCCUUUUUUGUGGUCUUCCUCUCUGAAUUCGUGGAGGAAGACGUGGAAAAUUUCGAAAUGGCAAGCUUGCCCCAGGAUACACAACGAAACAUUGAAGCCGACAGCUUUUGGUGCAUGAGCAAAUUGCUGGAUGGGAUACAGGACAACUACACAUUUGCCCAGCCUGGGAUACAGAUUAAAGUCAAGGCGCUGGAAGAGCUCGUUAGCAGAAUUGAUGAGGAUGUCCACGUGCACUUUCAGAAGUGUGAGGUGGAGUAUCUGCAGUUUGCUUUCCGCUGGAUGAAUAAUCUACUGAUGCGGGAGCUGCCGCUGCGCUGUACCAUUCGCCUGUGGGACACCUACCAGGCCGAGUCAGAGGGAUUUUCCCAUUUCCACCUCUACGUGUGCGCAGCCUUCCUCAUCAAAUGGCGCAAAGAGAUCCUCUCCAUGUUGGACUUUCAGAGCCUGCUAAUGCUCCUGCAGAACCUUCCCACAAUACACUGGGGCAACGAAGAGGUGGGUUUGCUACUGGCAGAGGCCUACAGACUCAAAUACAUGUUCGCUGACGCUCCAAGCCACUACAAGAGAUGAGAACCCGUAAGCUGACCACAGCGUGACCCUGCAAAACCCAGACGAUGAUCUGACCUAACAACAGGAUCAGUCCAAACGCCGCUUCUUUGCUCGGUUUAAUCCGACACAGCGAAGAUAGAGCUCACCAAUUUUCUCCAAUGACGUCCAAUUUGUGUCAUCGUCUGUAACAAUUCACGAUCAAGAACGAGACGACGUAAACAACCACGGACAAAACGAAUAUUUUGGGGAAAAAAACUCCCAGAGAUCUUGAUGGCUGACAGUUCAAUUUGCCUACUGAUGACUUCAGAAGAUAACUGACAGUGAGAUGCCAAGAGCUGAGGAACAGAAAGCGCUUAUGUAAACGUAUCAAACUAAAAACAGAAGGACGUGGCAUCCUAUGCUUCCCCGCAUCUUCCUCUAUUUGUUACCUCCACCCCUCGUUUUUAUUUCUUGGCAGAUCUUCAUUUUUUUGUCCCCCCUCGCCAAUGUUCUCGUGUUUUGUGUUAUUAGACCAUAAUGUGAUCUCCUCGGCCACUUUGCUCAUUGCCACAUUGAUUGUACCGCACACAGGUACACGGGUCGAUUCCCGUCCGUAAUCACUCUGUGUUAUUGAAGCUCUGCAAUACAUGAAACUAUGGCAGUCGUAAGGGUCGUUUCUCAAGGGGUGCGGCUGAGCGUUACGGAUUCGAAGAAUCAAUAUGCAACCGCCUGAGCGAUGUGUUUGGGUUUUGUUUUGGGGUUUUUACGUUUCUUUUUUUUUUAGAAUUGUAAGACUGAAUUUUAACAAUCCUGAAACAGUGGCUUUGUAUGCAUAUGAAGCCCUUGCACAAUUAUUUCUUAGAAAAUGAGAACUUUCAGAGCUUUAGUAUUAGCAUUCGACUACUACUGAGGUAACGUUUCAGCAAAGAUGGCUGAAUCAAACUGCGGUGAAAUAUUAAUAUGGCUUUAUAAAGAAUGAAUCGGUGUGAUAUGAGGUCAGCCUAUGAGACCACAGGACUGGAGUCGUGUUGAAAGGAAACUACUGACUUAGAAGCAGACUGAAGGGUUUUGGUUUUCACUGUGUGGUACUGAAGCGUGGAUGGGUGCGAUACCUGACAGACACGCUCCGAACGGCACAAAUCAUAAUCUUAAAUACUGCUGGAAAUCAGCAAAUGAAAUGUCUGAAGCACUGUGAAAAGGCAUCUACCAUUCGCACAUGCAUUCAAUCUCCCAGGGCAACCGAAUUAUGCAGAUGUCUAUGCUAAUUAGAUGUAGAUGAUCUGAUUAUCUCCUUUUUCCCUUUGAACCCUCGUUUCACCUUUCGGUAUAUUUAUUAACUGCAGGCUGAUACAUUUUGAUUGGUGAUUAAUUGUUCACCUUCUAAAUCUUUCCAAACUAGAUGUGUGAUCUUUAUAAAUCGGAGUGUAAUGUGAAAUGAAUGACUCCGACUUAUCAAAAGCAAAUGUUUUCAUUAAAAUCUCUAAUCAUCUCAUAUAACUUGGACCAAAACCCUGCAUGGAUAAUCUGAAUAAUGAAUUAAAUGAGUGUCUUUCUGCUUUAAUUAUUGAAGCAAGUGGAGUGUAUUGAUUAGAUGGAGGUGUCAGAAUCAGUUAAAUGUGAUGCCGGUGAACUUCAAGCUCAGCGCUGUGGAGUUUGCUGAUGUUAAACGCUUGAAUAAUGUACAUUUUGUCAGCUCGCUGUCUUUAUUCUUUCGUCAGUGACAUUUGAAACCACCUGCGCCAUACGGUCUCAAUGUUACAAUCUAUUUUUGAUGAGGCAUUUGCGGUGCUGCACUCUUAUUUUGAGGUGAACUGGAAUGUAUUUUUUUCUUUCAGUGUAUGUCUUAAUGUCUUUGCAUACAUUACUGAGCUCAUAUUCACUCCAGAGAUAAUUAGUUUGCUCGUCACGCUUUAAAAGUGUGCUAAUGAAGAGGUGACUUAUUGUCGAGGGUUGAGAUUGCUGACGCUGGUGAGGAGAUAGAGCAGUGAUUAUUCAUGAGACGCGUUGAGUGGACUUGCAGAUUAACUCCCUGUUUUAGUCUUUUGAAUGUCAUAAAUGUCUGAAUUGAUUGUAUUAAUGAAUCUUGUUCAAGUCAACAUGAAAUCAAAAUGGACACCAUUUACUUUAUUAAUACUUAUUGCUGGUCUUAUUGUGUGCGGUUCAUCAGUGCACACACUAAUCUUCUGCCUCUGGACGAACUUUUCUUUUCUCCUGCUGUCACCUUAUAGGCUAUUGAAUAAUGUUGAUUCAAUGUUGACUCAAGAGCACCAGGAAGAUGCUCUUGAGAGUGAACUUGACCAUCAGCCUCAAUGUCCGGCUCUCAAGAUAAGGGUUUUGUUCAGACUUGUCCCCCUUUCUCAAUGUCUGAUCAAAAGAGUAACAUAUUAUCUCUUGCGCUAGCUUUUCUUAAUCAGUUAAUGCAAUGCCAAGCUGUUAGAUUGCUUACCGAAGGCUAAUUGAAAGGGAAAUAUUUCGUUGAACCAUUUUUAUAAUAUAAUGAUAUAUAAUUUUUUUCAUGAUUAAGAAUAAAUACACUACCGUUCAAAAGUUUGUGCUCUAGGAUUUUUCAUUGUCAUUAAAGGAAGUCUGUAAUGCUCACCAAGGCUGCAUUUAUUUGCUCAAAAAAAUGCAGUAAUAUUGUGAA